AUGCUAGUGUCACAGCUCCAUGACCAUCCCUCAGAGCCUGCACAAGCUGCUGCUACAACGCCUGCACAGACUGAGAAAAGGGCAGGGUCUCAAGCACAAGUCAGGUCUGGAGCAAAUAUUUCACAGCAUCCAUCUGAUCACACCAAAAUUUGGUCCGAUCUUUCGGGAAGUGCCAACAGAAAUGGAAAUGGCACUGAACGUAGACAGUUCCAAGAAGAAAGAAAUUUAGAUGCUAGUGGACAGAGAGAAAUUACAAGGCUUAGUGCAAUGCAUAUCUCAAAAGCUGCACCAGAUAGAGAAAAUGAACCCAUCAUUUCUGAUACCUUCCACAUGGAAAAAGGCCUUGCAGAAGAACCUCAAG